AUGUAUCUGGUCGGCCCAGCCCACACGCUGAUGCUGGGUGCUGCGGAGCGCCUUGCCCCGAGCAAUGCGGAGGCUAACGAAGGGCCGGCGAGGAGCGCACCAGGGGCUGCUGCAGCGUCGGCGCUGGCGAAGGCAAUGAAGCCGCCCGGGCGCCGCCGCGCUUGUCUCCCUGGGUCCUGGGCGGGAAGGGUCGGGCCUCGCCGUCAUUGGGCCGCGGUGAUUAGCCAGACUGGCCGAAGGGAGACGGGGCGGGAGGGGCGGAGCCCCGGGGGCCCGCCCGCCGGCCCGGCGCCGCCCCCGAGACCCGCCCAGCAGCUCCCGGCCGCCGGCUCCGGGGCUCCCAGGGCCCCCGCAACUCCAGGCCCCCGCGCGCUGCGCGCCGGGUCCCGUCGGCCGGUAUCCGCGCAGCGAGCACGCACGCCCGGCGCAGGUCCGCGGGAGCCGUGGGAAGGUGACCCGGACGGCCGGAGGAGCAGAGUCCCUUCCGGUGCGGGGGGCCGGGCGCUUCCGGCCGGAAGUGGCUCCGCGGGGGGCGGGGGCGGCGGGGGAAGUCCCGCCCCGCGCCGCCGCGGCGCACCUGGCGGGGUCCCGGCGGCGGCCAGUGAGGCUUUGGCCUGGGCCAGUGCACAGAUCCACUGCCAGUUCCAUGCCAGUGAGAGCCGGGUGGCACUGCCGCCCCCUGACUCCAAUCAGCCUGAGGUGCAGCCCGAGAGCCAGACCGUCUUUCUGCCACAUCGAGGCGAGAGGGGUCAGUGUAUCCUCUCCACUCCUCCGAAGAUCCUCUUCUGUGACCUGCGGCUGGAACCUGGAGAGUCCAGAUCAUACUCCUACAGUGAAGUGCUGCCUCUCGAGGGACCUCCCUCCUUCCGGGGCCAGUCUGUCAAGUAUGUCUACAAGCUGACCAUUGGCUGCCAGCGGGUCAAUUCCCCCAUCACCUUACUCAGGGUCCCUCUGAGAGUCCUCGUGCUGACGGGCCUUCAAGAUAUCCGGUUUCCCCAGGAUGAGUCUGUGGCCCCAUCCAGUCCGUUCUUGGAGGAGGAGGAAAGUGGCAAGAAGGACUCUUGGCUCAUGGAACUGGCGGGGGAGCGUCUCAUGGCCACCACAUCCUGCCGCAGCCUCCAUCUGUACAAUAUCAGCGAUGGCCGGGGGAAAGUUGGAACAUUCGGCAUCUUCAAGUCUGUGUACAGACUUGGCGAGGAUGUGAUAGGGACCUUAAACCUGGGGGAAGGAACUGUAGCUUGCUUGCAGUUCUCGGUAAGCUUGCAGACUGAAGAGCGGGUGCAGCCCGAGUACCAGCGGCGCCGAGGGGCGGGCGGUGCCCCCUCUGUGUCCCACGUGACUCACGCCCGGCACCAGGAGUCCUGCCUCCAUACCACCAGGACCAGCUUCUCUCUCCCCAUUCCACUGAGCUCCACCCCAGGCUUCUGCACAGCCAUCGUUUCCCUGAAGUGGCGGCUACACUUUGAGUUUGUGACAUCCAGAGAACCCGGUCUGGUACUCCUGCCUCCCAUGGAACAGCCCGAACCUGUCACCUGGACGGGACCCGAGCAAGUGCCCGUCGACACGUUCAGCUGGGACCUCCCCAUCAAGGUGCUGCCAACAAGCCCCACACUGGCUUCCUAUGCUGCCCCGGGCCCCAGCACCAGCACCAUCACCAUCUAAGACUGCCACUGCUUUGUGUGCCGGGCCCGCCAACCACGGCCCGUCCCCACCGGGCCCAGGACCAUGGACAAUGAGAGGCCAGCCUUCAGCGGGAGCGUUCACUUAUUUAUUCAGAAUAAAGUGGUAGCUGCUAGUGGUU